CCCCAAAAUUAAAAUCUGAGGGCGAGAGUGAGAAUUGAAUCCGAGAGGCCAAUAAUCAAUUCGUAGGGCAAUUUUCUCUCUCUAAAUCAGCAAUGGCCUCUCCGGCGACGCUACCGAUAUCCAACCCCCAAUCCGAAUCUCAGCCGCCAAUCGCCACCCCAGCCUUCCGCGCCUUCAUAUCCCGUCUGAACGCCACCGUCCGCAACGGUCUCUCUCAGCGGCGCCCAUGGUUGGAGCUAAUCGACCGGUCCUCCUUCUCUCGCCCCGACACACUCUCCGAAGCCGCCUCCCGCAUCCGCAAAAACUUCUCCUAUUUCCGCGUUAACUACGUCUCCCUUCUCGCCCUAUCUCUCGCACUCUCUCUCCUCACUCACCCAUUUUCCCUCCUCGUUCUACUAUCUCUGCUCGCGGCGUGGCUUUUCCUCUACUUAUUCCGCCCUUCUGAUCAGCCACUCGUGAUUGGUGGACGCACCUUUUCGGAUCGGGAGAUGCUGGGGAUUCUGGUGCUGUCCACAAUAGUUGUGGUGUUCCUCACUAGCGUUGGAUCACUGCUCAUCUCCGCUUUGCUUGUGGGUCUCGCUGUGGUUUGCGCCCAUGGCUCCUUCCGAAUGCCCGAGGACUUGUUUUUGGAUGAUCAGGAGCCUGCCAAUUCUGGCUUUCUAUCCUUCCUUGGUGGUGCCGCCUCCUCCGCCGCCGCUGCUGCGCCUGGCGUUGCAACACGUGUCUGAGUUGGAUCCCCUCUAAUCUGCUGUGGAAAUCCACCCAAAAGGUAAUGUACUAGUAAAGAUUUUCAUAUUUAAUUGAGUUAUUUUGUUGAAUUGUAAUAUCUUUUCGUCGGUGGAAUUAGGCUAAAAAUCGUUUAUGGAUUAUGAGCAUGUUUACAUGGCUACUUUAUGUUCUACAUUAGGUUGAGUAUCCAGAUUGUAAUUGAAUACUUUGUCAAUGUUUGUUCCUUGUUCUAAGUUGCGUGUCGUCGAGUUACUCUCAGACAUUUUGUUGUGUUA